AUGCGAAGAUUGAUAUCGAUCAACAACCUGCUCAAUCAAAGAGCGUUGCAAGGCCACAUGUUGAUGCAUUACCUGAAGACCCUCAAGAAUGAAACCACGAUGGAACCGAAGGAAAUGGCUAAUCUCAACCAUUCUGUAGAAGUCCUUUCGGUCGCGACUAAGACACCGAUUUGGCACAUCGAAGAUCUUUUCGAGGAACAGCCUCACUGCUCCAGCAAGCCCUUUCUGCUGGUACUGGUGGCGACAGCACCAGAAAACUUCGAACGCAGAAAUGCGAUCAGGAAAACUUGGGCUGGUUCCGAGAGACAGAAGCAUUGGAUCACGCGAACACAUGCUAAGACGGUGUUCCUCAUAGGUCUAUCCACAACGAAGUUCCUGAACGUCCUAACACAGAAUGAAAAUGAGCAAUAUGGAGAUGUCUUAUUAGGGUCAUACGUGGACACUUACCGAAAUUUGACAGCAAAAGUUAUGCAUGGAUUCACAUGGGCUUUCAAACAGUGCAAGCCGAUGUUCCUCCUGAAGACAGACGAUGACUGUUUCGUCAACUUACAUCUCCUGACGGAAUUCCUUCGGAAGUACAAUCCUAUUCGAACAAAUCUCUACGCAGGACGUAUAAGGUGGUCAGCUCCAGUUAUAAGGGACCCGACCAGCAGGUGGUACGUAUCGGACAAAGAGUACAGGGGAUCCAGAUACGCUCCUUACGUCAGUGGUGCAGGGUAUGUCAUGAGUCUGGAUGUACUUCACAAACUGGUGCAGCUGUCUGGAAAGGUGGACGUAUUUCCGAACGAGGAUGCAUAUGUGGGGUACGUCUUGAACUUUGCCAGGGUGAGGCCGACAUACAGUGCGCGAUUUGUGACACACAACGGACCUUGGCAAGUGUGCAAUUUUUUGUAUUUGUUCGUAGUGCAUCAUGUGAAACCAUCAAGACAAAAAGAAUUCCAGGAUAUGGUAGAUUUGGCAAGGCAGAAAUGCCCAGAAAGUGAUGUUGCAAGGGACUGGGUUUGAGAAUUGGGAGUUUUGUGCAACAGGGUGGCGACAGAAAUUGGAAAAAAAAGUUCCCUGACUUUUCCCUGAUUAAGUUCACCAAAUUUCCCUGAUUUACGUUACCAAUGAUAAU